AUGAUGAUUAGAGCAUAACCAGAGUAACACGUUGAAUUCGCCAUAAUCAAGGAAACCUUUUCCGGGUGGGGAUCUCUGAAAUCGCUCAGUGAGCAACCCUAAUUAACCUGAUUUUUUGCUGAUAAUCACUCUCAAUGGAAUCAAAUCACAAAUCCGGGGAUGGAUUGAGCGGCACCCAGAAGGAAGCAGCCCUCCGCGCACUGGUCCAGCGCACAGGAUAUAGCUUGGUCCAGGAAAAUGGACAGAGAAAAUAUGGUGGCCCUCCACCUGGUUGGGACGCUGCACCUCCAGAAAGGGGCUGUGAAAUUUUUAUCGGAAAACUUCCUCGAGACCUUUUUGAGGAUGAACUUAUACCAUUAUGUGAAAAAAUUGGUAAAAUUUAUGAAAUGAGGAUGAUGAUGGAUUUUAAUGGCAACAAUAGAGGAUAUGCGUUUGUAACAUUCUCAAAUAAACAGGAAGCCAAGAAUGCGAUCAAGCAACUUAAUAAUUAUGAAAUUAGAAAUGGGCGUCUCUUAGGGGUUUGUGCCAGCGUGGACAACUGCCGAUUAUUUGUGGGAGGAAUCCCAAAAACCAAAAAGAGAGAAGAAAUCUUAUUAGAGAUGAAGAAGGUCACCGAAGGAGUUGUCGACGUCAUUGUCUACCCAAGUGCUGCUGACAAAACCAAGAACCGGGGCUUUGCCUUCGUGGAGUAUGAGAGUCACCGGGCAGCGGCUAUGGCCAGGAGGAAACUUCUACCAGGAAGAAUUCAGUUAUGGGGACAUCCUAUUGCAGUAGACUGGGCAGAACCGGAAGUAGAAGUUGAUGAAGACACAAUGUCUUCAGUGAAAAUCCUUUAUGUAAGAAACCUAAUGCUGUCUACCUCUGAAGAGAUGAUUGAGAAAGAAUUCAAUAAUAUCAAACCAGGUGCUGUGGAGAGGGUGAAGAAAAUCCGAGACUACGCUUUCGUGCACUUCAGCAACCGAGAAGACGCAGUUGAGGCUAUGAAAGCCUUACAUGGGAAGGUGCUGGAUGGCUCCCCCAUUGAAGUGACCCUAGCCAAACCAGUGGACAAGGACAGUUAUGUUAGGUACACCCGAGGCACAGGUGGAAGGGGCACCAUGCUCCAAGGAGAGUACACCUACUCUUUGGGUCAUGUUUAUGAUCCCACCACAACCUACCUUGGCGCUCCUGUAUUCUACACCCCUCAAGCCUACACGGCGAUUCCCAGCCUUCAUUUCCCAGCCACCAAAGGACAUCUUGGCAACAGGGCCAUUAUCCGAGCCCCUUCUGUUAGAGAAAUUUACAUGAAUGUACCUGUAGGGGCUGCGGGAGUGAGAGGCCUGGGUGGCCGUGGCUAUUUGGCAUACACAGGCCUGGGUCGUGGAUACCAGGUCAAAGGAGACAAGAGAGAAGACAAACUCUAUGAUCUUUUACCUGGGAUGGAGCUCACCCCAAUGAAUCCUGUCACUUUAAAACCCCAAGGAAUUAAACUUGCUCCCCAGAUAUUAGAAGAAAUUUGUCAGAAAAAUAACUGGGGACAGCCAGUGUAUCAGCUGCACUCUGCCAUUGGACAAGAUCAAAGACAACUAUUCUUAUACAAAAUAAGCAUUCCUGCUCUGGCCAGCCAGAAUCCUGCAAUCCACCCUUUCACACCUCCAAAACUAAGUGCCUAUGUGGAUGAAGCAAAGACCUACGCAGCCGAGUACACCCUGCAGACCCUGGGCAUCCCCACUGAUGGAGCUGACGCCCCGACUACAGCUGCUGCUGCUGCUGCCGCUUCUGCUGCUGCUUUUCCAGGAUAUGCCGUCCCUAAUGCAACUGCACCUGUGUCUGCAGCCCAGCUCAAGCAAGCAGUGACCCUCGGACAAGACCUAGCAGCAUAUACAGCAUACGAGGUCUACCCCACUUUUGCAGUGACUGCCCGAGGGGAUGGAUAUGGAGCCUUCUGAAGAUAUCUUUCUCUUAAUUUAACAAUAAGACCCACAAAACUCUAUAUAGAAGUAAUAAACCUCUAACCCAGUUCCCUAAUAAUCAUAUGUAAUACUUUUCCUAAAAUGAUGCCUUUCCCGAGACUAUAUAGCUUAUACCAAUUGUACAAUUGUGAUAGGAGAAUGUUAUUCCUACUUAAAUCAAAUGUUAAGGAGCCCUUUGUCUAAUAGAAAGCUAAAGAGAUAUUGCCCCCCAAAGUUGUCCUUCCAAGGUGCCUGAGUGUCUCGGGAGUAUGUUUACAAACUCUGACAGAGCGGAGAGAGAUCUUUUCGCUAACAAGCGUUCAGGGGCUGAGCAGACCUGGGCAGUCAGGAACAGUAACAACAGAGCUAAGUAAACUCCAGAGUCUCAGCCCUGUCUCACAGCUGCUUUUGUGAUACACAAAAUCACAAACAGGCAGAGGGAAGGUAGGAGAAUACUUUUCAAAACAUGUUCCCCACUGCCCGCUCUACAGGGCAUGUUUACAGGCUGAAGUUUGUGAAACACUGUCCAAGGUUGGAUGGAGUCAGCAUCACUUCAGUCUGAAAAUUCCAUCCAGUCAAACUGUCAUAGGUCAGGAUCUCUCUGUCCCUUGCAGCCCCUUGGGACUUCCUGGAAAUUGAUGUGAUGUGUUGCAGAUAUGUUUAAAACAAAUCCCAGCCCAUUGUUUUUUAAACUCAUUAGCCCAUUCCUCUUUUUCCCUAGAACACGUGCCCUUCUCAAGGAUCCCCACAACACAAUAAUCGUUUCAACUGGAAAUGAUUUUUUUAAUUUGUAAACGUUUUGACUUCUCCGUAAUGAUUUAUCCUCAUGUCAGUCUCAUUUUGCUCAUCUCUAAUAUCACAAAAAAGUAAAUCAAAUCUACAGAAUAUUACUUACGAUGCUUUUUCCUAUUCACCAAAUUGGCUGAAAAGUCAUUUCAAACAAAGAGAGAAGUGAGGAUUUACUCUCAUUUCUUUGGUCUUUUUGUAGCACCCAGACCACCGUCCAGCAUUCAGAGACAGUUAUAUCAACCUGAGUUUAGCCUUGGAUUAUCUAGACCACUUAUAUUAAAUCUAUCAAGAAGCCCUCUACUUUCCUUUCCUUUCCUUUUCUUUUCAAUAAGCAUCAGACAGCUUUACCAUAUCUGAGUCCUUUGGUCCUGAAGCUGUCAGAGGAAAACCUUAAAUCCAUCACAGCUGAUUCUUGAAACACUCAGCAAGGGGGUAUAUGCCAAAAUCCCCAAGACUUUUGGGCUGCUUCUCCAGGAACAUCUGAUGGGGCUGAGGGCGCUACAAAAACUGAGAUAGAAAGGAAUAGAAGGCACUACUUUCUUGCCAUCCUUGUAAAUGAUUACUUUUUGUUCACAAUAGAAAUAAUUGAAGUCUGAACACCAAAUACUUAUUACUCCUACUCCAGUCUCAUCGGUAGUUUAAGAUAUACAGUAUUAGAAUUUCCAUUUUAAAAAUCCCUUGGCCCUUUUAAAAUUCUACAGGACUCAAGGAAAAAUAGAAACACAACAGCGUAGAACAAUUUGUCAUUCAAGAAUGGAAUUCUGUGAUCUGAAAUCAGACCAGAUUCCAAUCAAAAUCAAGUAAAUUUCAAUAACAAUUAAAAGUCCUUGUAACCUUUCAGUUCUAAUAACUCCAAUCAGAUAUGAAACACGUCAACGCUACCACGAAACCCUGAAAGGGCUCGUGCUUUUAGCUUUAAAUUUUGCUCCUCAUAUUCCCUGGAACAGUGGUUCCCAAACUUGACUGAACAUUAAAAGUACCUGGAGAGCUUUUCAAACCGCCAAUGCCAAGAUCAUGUCUCACACCAAUUUCAUCAGAAUGUCUUGGGGUCAGAGCCUGGCAUCAAUAUUUUUGAAAGAUCCUAGGUAAUUCCAGUGUGGAACUAAGUUUGGGAACUGCUAUAUUCUUGGUAUUUUUACUAUAUCCCUUAAUA